CUGUUGCAACCCAAAGGCUGUGACUUGUCCUCCGUGGUCUCACUCUUACACAGCCAGGACCGCUGGGGUGCUGGGGUGCUGGGGUGGGGCUCUCUUUCCCUCCUGCAAAGAUCCAGGACAGAUACCCCUGGAGAGGGUUGGGGGGCCUGAGUGAGACCUUCCGGGGCAGCCGCCGUGCACCGAGUCUGGAGACCCUAAGGCACCGCCCAGUGUGCACCGAGUCUGUAGAGCCCGCGCUGCGGGGGAGGGGUGCUGCGGUCUUUUGUCCCCGCCCCAGGGGCGGAGCCGAGGUCCCAUCCUGCAAAGCCUGGGACCCGCCGAACCCCAGUCUGGACCAUCUCUCUGCCUCGGGCGCUCGGACCCCGGGAUUUGAGCUGCAAAGAGCCCAGGAGCGGUCCUCGGGUCUCUGGGUCUGCGCACAGUAGCAGCUGCAGCCUCCCCGCCCCACUACCGGCCUGGCGCGUUCGCUACGGCAGCCAUGGCGCGUGGAAACGCCCCGCGGGAUAGCUACCACCUGGUCGGGAUCAGCUUCUUCAUCCUGGGCCUGGGCACCCUCCUUCCCUGGAACUUCUUCAUCACCGCCAUCCCGUACUUCCAGGGGCGGCUGGCUGGGGCCAACAGCACAGCGGAGACGCUGAGCACCAACUACACAGGCCCCACAGACACGUUCAACUUCAACAACUGGGUGACGCUGCUGUCCCAGCUGCCUCUGCUGCUCUUUACCCUCCUCAACUCCUUCCUGUAUCAGUGCAUCCCCGAGGCCGUACGCAUUCUGGGCAGCCUGCUGGCCAUAUUGCUGCUCUUUGCCCUGACAGCAGCAUUGGUGAAGGUGGAUGUGAGCCCUUGGCUGUUCUUUUCCAUCACCAUGGCAUCUGUCUGGUUCAUCAACUCCUUCUGUGCAGUGCUACAGGGCAGCCUCUUCGGACAGCUGGGUACCAUGCCUUCCACUUACAGCACCCUCUUCCUCAGUGGCCAGGGCCUGGCUGGGAUCUUCGCUGCCCUUGCUAUGCUCAUGUCCAUGGCCAGUGGCGUGGAUGCCCAGACCUCUGCCCUGGGCUACUUCAUCACCCCUUGUGUGGGCAUCCUCCUGUCUAUUGUGUGUUACCUGAGCCUGCCCCACCUGGAGUUUGCCCGCUACUACCUGACCAAGAACCCGUCGCGGGCCCCAGCUCAGGAGCUGGAGACCAAAGCCGAGCUCCUCCAGGCUGAUGAGAAGAAUGGGAUUCCCGUCAGCCCCCCAAAAGCAGUCUCAAUUCUGAAUCUUGACCUUGAGAAGGAGCCAGAGCUAGAAGUGGAUGAGCCGCUGAAGCCAGAAAAACCUUCAGUCUUUGUUGUUUUCCAGAAGAUCUGGCUGACGGCGCUGUGCCUUGUGUUGGUCUUCACAGUCACCCUGUCAGUCUUUCCCGCCAUCACAGCCAUGGUGACCAGCUCCACCAGUCCUGGAAAGUGGAGUCAGUUCUUCAACCCUAUCUGCUGCUUCCUGCUCUUCAACAUCAUGGAUUGGCUGGGCCGGAGUCUGACCUCCUACUUCCUCUGGCCAGACGAGGACAGCCGGCUACUGCCCCUGCUGGUGUGCCUGCGCUUUCUGUUUGUGCCUCUCUUCAUGCUGUGCCACGUGCCCAAGCGUGCUCGGCUGCCCAUCCUCUUCCGGCAGGACGCUUACUUCAUCACCUUCAUGCUGCUCUUCGCCAUUUCCAACGGCUACUUGGUGUCGCUCACCAUGUGUCUGGCACCAAGGCAGGUGCUGCCACAUGAGAGGGAGGUGGCCGGAGCCCUCAUGACCUUUUUCCUGGCCCUGGGCCUCUCCUGCGGAGCCUCCCUCUCCUUCCUCUUCAAGGCUCUACUUUGAAGACACCCAUCAGGCUCCGCACAGCCCUCCUCUUGGCACUGCUUCUGGAGUUGGGACCCAGCCCAGAGGAAUGACAAGCUGGGCUCUGACCUCUGCUACCCUGGGCCUCUUGAUCUGUGAGUGCCAGGAAGGGGCAGGAACCAUCCUCCAUCCUUGGCUGGCGGCCACUCAGGAUAUGGUGAGGAAGGACCAGCGGUUAUUCUACCACUCAUCCAGGACUGGAGCAGGACACAAAGGAAUGGACUUCACUGAGACAUACAAAGGAGCAUAGCAGAAAGCAACAGUCUGGGGAAAAGAGUGUGCGGGGUCAGGGCCCUUUCCUGACACCAGGACUGUGUAUGUUCAUCAAGCCACCAGCUGACCCCAGGAGGCAAAGCCACCUGCAGGCCUUGAGGAGGAUUCUUUCAUGGCUUCUACCUCGGUUCACCCCAAAACAACAGCUCCUCCUCCUCUUCCCUGGAGGCCCCAGUCAGGACAGAGGGUACCGGGAAAAUUGAGGGGAGGGGAACAGGUGUUAAAAUCUAAGAAAAUUCAAACGACUGACCUCUGAGCCUCAAACAGUGUUUUCAUGGCCAACACUCGCUAAAAGCAACUUGGGCCUGUCUAACAGAAAAGCACUUAGCCUACAUGUGUGAACUGCAGUUUGCAGAGUUUCUUCCAUACCUACUCUCAUGGAAGCCUCAAUGAGGCCUUUCGGAUGAACUGGACAGGGAUUGUGCUUCCCUGUGGUGGGAAGUGACUGGUCCAUGGUAGAGCCAGGAUGCAGCCUCCAUCUCCCUCCUUAAAAGUGCUGAUCCUCCUGCCCAUUCCCUGCUUCUCUUUUCCUUGAGGGUCUCAGGGCAGGAGUCCUAAGCACUUACCACCAUCUUUCCACUUUGUUCCUCCCUCUGACCCUGCUCCUGAGUUUAAUAAAGUCUGUUCAUUUGUAUGAUGAA